AUGUUGCGUUUAGAGCUUCCUCCUCUUCUUUUCUUCUUCUCUUCGUCGUCUUCUUUUUCUUCUCUUCGUCGUCUUCUUUUUCUUCUCUUCUUCCAGUUUCUUGGUACAUUUUCUUUUCUUUCGUCUUCUUUUUUCUUUUCUUUCUCCUUUUUUCUUUUCUUUCUCUCGCUUUUUUCUUUUCUUUCUCUUUUUCUUAUUUCCCUCUCUCUCUCUUUUUCUUUUAAUCCUCUUUUCUUUCUUCUUCUCUCUUUUACUUCUAUUUCUUUCUUUCUUUUUCAUUUUCCAUUGCCAUCUCAUUUUUCUUUAAAUUCUUUUUCUUUCUUUCUUCCUCUUUUAUUUUUCCUCUCUUUAUCAUUUUCUUUUCACCCACCAUUUUUUCACCAGCCUUCUUCUUUCUUCCUCCGGCUUUUCUACAUUCUUCCUCCUGAUUUUGAAUUUUUCCUCCACCUUUUUCUUUUCUACCUUUCUUUUUCUUUUCUUCCGCCUCUUUUUUCUCUUUUUUUUUCCACCACCUUUUUUUCUUUUCUUCCUCCUCUUUUUUUCUUUUCUUCUCUACCUUUUUUAUUUUCUUCCACCUCCUUUUUCUCUUUUCUUCCUCCUCUUUUUUCUUUUCUUCUCUUCCUUUUUUCUUUUUUUUCUUUUUCUUUUCAUCCUCCUUUUUUUUUUCUCUUCUUUUUUUUCUUCCGCCUCCUUUUUCUCUUUUCAUCCUCCUCUUUUUUCUUUUCUUCUCUUCCUUUUUUUCUUCCGCCUCCUUUUUCUCUUUUCUUCCUCCUCUUUUUUUCUUUUUUUCUUCCUUUUUUUUUUUCUUCCUUUUUCUCUUUUCUUCCUCCUUUUUCUUUUUUCUUCUUCCUUUUUUUUCUUCGCCUUUUUCUCUUUUCUUCCUCCUUUUUUUUUCUUUUUUUCAUUUCCUUUUUUUCCUCUUUCUUCCUCCUCUUUUUUUUUUUUUUCUUCUCUUCCAUUUUUUUUUCUUCCUCCUCUUUUUUUUUCUUCUUUUCUUUUUUUUUUUUUUCCUUUUCUUUUCUUCCUCCUCUUUUUCUUUUCUUCCUCCUUUUUUAUUUUUUUCCUUUUUUCUUCUUCCUCCUUUUUUUUUUCCUUCUCCUUUUUUCUUUUCUUCCUCCUCUUUUUCUUUUCUUCUCUUCCUUUUUUUUUUCUUCCUUUUCUCCUUCCUCCUUUUUUCUUUUCUUUCCUCCUUUUUUCUUUUCUUCCUCCUUUUUUUUUUUUUUUCUCUUCCUUUUUCUUUUCUUUUUCCUUUUUUUCUUUUUUUUUUUUUUCCAUUUUCUCUUUUUCUUCCUCCUUUUCUUUUCCUUUUUUUUUUUCUUCUCUCUUUUCUUCAUUUUUUUUUUCUUUUCUUCUUUUUCUUUUCUUUUUCCUCCUUUUUCUUUUUUCUUCUUCCAUUUUUCUUUUCUUCUCUUCCUUUUCUUUUUUCCUCCUCUUUUUCUUUUCUUCUCUUUUUUUUUUUUUCUUCCUCCUUUUUCUUUUUUCUUUUCUUUUUUUCUCUUUUUUUUUUUUUCACCUCCUCUUUUUCUCUUUUCAUCCUCCUCUUUUUCUUUUCUUCUCUUUUUUUUUUUUUCCGCCUCCUUUUUUUUUUUUCUUCCUCCUUUUCUUUUUCUUUUCUUUCUUCCAUUUUUCUUUUCUUCGCCUCCUUUUUUUUUUUCUUUUCUUCAUCCUUUUUUCUUUUUCUUCUCUUCCAUUUUUUUUUUUCCUCCUCCUUCUUUUCAUUUUUUUUCUUCUUUUUUUUUUCUUCCGCCUCCUUUUUUAUUUUCUUCCUCCUCUCUUUUUUUCUUUUUUCUUUUCUUCUCUUCCUUUUUUUUUUCUUCCGCCUCCUUUUUCUCUUUUCUUCCUCCUCUUUUUUCUUUUCUUCUCUUCCUUUUUUUUUUUUCACCUCCUUUUUCUCUUUUCUUCCUCCUCUUUUUCUUUUCUUCUCUUCCAUUUUUCUUUUCUUCCUCCUCUUUUUUCUUUUCUUCUCUUCCAUUUUUCUUUUCUUCCUCCUCUUUUUUCUUUUCUUCUCUUCCAUUUUUCUUUUUUUCCGCCUCCUUUUUCUCUUUUCUUCCUCCUCUUUUUUCUUUUCUUCUCUUCCUUUUUUCUUUUCUUCCGCCUCCUUUUUCUCUUUUCUUCCUCCUCUUUUCUUUUUCUUUUUUCUUUUUCUCUUUCCUCUUUCUUUUUUUUUUCUUUUCUCUCCUCCUUUUUUCUUUUCUUCUCUUUUUUUUCUUUUUCUUCCUCUUCUUUUUUUUUUCUCUUUUUUUUUUUUCUUCCUCCUUUUUUUUUCCUUCAUUUUUUCUUUUUCUUUUUCUUUUUCUUUUCUCUUCUUUUUUUUUUUUUCCGCCUCCUUUUCUCUUUUAUUCCUCUUUUCUUCCUCCUCUUUUUUUUUUUCUUCUCCUUUUUUUUUUUCUUUUCUUUUUUCUUUUUUCUCUUUUCUUCCUCCUCUUUUUUCUUUUCUUCUCUUCCUUUUUUCUUUUCUUCUGCCUCCUUUUUCUCUUUACUUCCUCUUUUUUCUUUUCUUCUCUUCCUUUUUCCUUUUUUUUUUCUUUUCUUCCUCCUUUUUUUCUUUUCUUCAGCCUCCUUUUUCUUUUCUUCCUUCAUUUUUCUGUUUUUUUUCUUUUUUCUUCUCUUCCUUUUUUCUUUUUUUCCGCCUCCUUUUUUCUCUUUUCAUCCUCCUCUUUUUUCUUUUCUUCUCUUCCUUUUUUCUUUUCUUCCGCCUCCUUUUUUCUCUUUUCUUCAGCCUCCUUUUUCUCUUUUCUUUCCUUUUUUUUUCUUUUCUUCCCUUUUUCUUCCGCCUCCUUUUUCUCUUCUUCUUUCUCCUUCCUUUUUCUCCUUCUUUUUCCUUCCUCCCCACUUUUUGUCUUGUCUUCCUCCUAA